AUGUCAGACCGCGAAGGUCUCGGUGCUUCUUCCAGCGAUGAUGAUCUAUCCCUCCCCAAAGCGACGGUGGCCAAGAUGAUCACAGAAUUACUCCCAAAGGACGUAGUUUGCGCCAAAGAAACGCGCGACUUGGUGAUAGAGUGCUGUGUAGAAUUUAUACAUUUGAUAUCAUCUGAAGCCAAUGACAUCUGCGAGAAGGAGUCAAAGAAGACGAUAGCUCCUGAACACAUAAUCAGUGCGCUCAAGGCCCUUGGAUUCGACCAGUUCACUUCGGAGGUGGAAGACGUUUUGAAAGACCAUAAACAGCAGCAGAAGGAUCGAGAGAAGAAGGUUUCGAAAUUCGAGCAAUCGGGAAAGACAGAAGAAGAACUACUUGCGGAGCAAGAAAAACUAUUCGCAGCAAGUCGUGCUAAAUUCCAACCCUCAAAUGCACCCCAAUGA